AUGGAGAAGUGUAAACAAUCCCGUCGACUUUAUGGUGGUACAGUUCAAAACUUCCUUGUGGUCUGGUUGAACGAGAACAUUGAUGAAGAGAAUAACAUUGAUUGUCAAAAUAUUAUUAUUAAACUACGAGAAGUGGUUAAUGCAGUGAAUAUAUUCACCAAUAUAGAAGAAUGUGUCACUUUCAUUUCUGACAUCAGGGUAGAAAAGGUCUUUGUGAUUUUGUCGGGCGCAUUUGAUCAAAUAGCAGUUCCAAUGAUUCACGAUAUGAUACAGAUUAGUACCAUAUACAUUUUUUGUGAGAACAAAGCUCGAAAUCAAGAAUGGGUAGAUCAAUGGUCUAAAAUAGAAGGUAUCUUCACAAAUAUUCAACCAAUCUUUGAAGCACUGAAAAAAGCCAUUCAUAAAUGCAAUCGAAACACCAUCUCGAUGAGCUUCGUACCCACGAAUGUUGAUCCAACAACUAAAACUCUCGAUCAACUCGAUCAAUCCUUCAUGUAUACACAGAUACUAAAGGAAAUUCUCUUAACUAUUGAUUUUCAAAGAGAACAUUUCGAAACAUUUAUCACAUACUGUCGGGAACAGUUUGUUGACAAUCCAGCCGAACUUCGUCAUAUCGAAAAAUUUGAAAAUGAAUAUCAUCGACGUACACCAAUCUGGUGGUAUAGCCAUCAAUGUUUUCUCUAUUCUAUGCUUAAUCGAGCUUUACGAAUAAUGGAUAUCAACCUUAUCAUCAAGUUGGGCUUUUUCCUUUCUGAUCUUCAUCAGCACAUCACUCGUAUUUAUUCGGAACAAUACUGUGAACAAGCUGAGACCGGCACGCUCACUGUCUACCGUGGUCAAGGUUUGUCUCAGACAGACUUUAACCAAUUGAUAAAAACACAAGGUGGUUUAUUAUCAUUUAAUAAUUUUUUAUCAACUAGUCUUGACCGACAAGUCUCUCUUGCUUUCACUGAAAGUUAUCUAGAUAAUCCAUAUUUACUAGGUAUUCUCUUUGAAAUAACUGUUAAUUCAUCGACUUCAUUAACUCCGUACGCCAAUGUUCGUGAUAUUAGUCAUUAUCGGGAAGAACAGGAAAUUCUCUUUUCCAUGCAUUCGAUAUUUCGUAUUAGAGAAAUCAAGCAAAUCGAUGACAAUGAUCGACUUUGGCAAGUAGAGUUGACUCUGACUGGAGAUCAUGAUACACAACUGCACGCAUUAACUGAACACAUACGAGCAGAAACAUCUCCACAUGAAAUAGGAUGGAAGCGAUUAGGACAGUUAUUGAUUAAACUUGGACAAUUUGAUAAAGCACAACAAGUCUAUGAUAUAUUGCUCGUUCAGACAGCUGAUCAUCGAGAGAAAGCCAACAUUUAUCACCAUCUCGGAACGAUCAAUAGAGAUGAAGGAAAAUAUGCAGAAGCAAUUACAUAUGCAGAAAAGUCACUGGAAAUCAACCAAAAAAUUCUCCCUCCAGAACAUCCAGACUUGGCUGCAACUUAUUAUAUUAUCGGUUUUGUGUAUCAUAAGAUGAGCGAGUAUUCGAAAGCACUUUCAUACCAUGAAAAAGCACUUGAAAUCCGACAAAAAAUCCUUUCUUCAAAUCAUCAUGACUUGGCUAGUUCUUAUAGCAACAUUGAUAGUGCGCAUGCAAAAGCACUUUCGUAUGACGAAGAAGGACUUAAAAUCCAACAAAAAACUCUUCCUCUAGAUCAACCUGAUUUGGCUGAGUGCUACAACCACAUCGGUACUGUGUAUUUUCGCAUGGGCGAGUACUCGAAAGCACUUUCACUCAGUGAAAAAGCACUUGAAAUCCGAGAAAAAACUCAUCCUUCAAAUCAUCCUGAUUUGGCUCUUCUUUAUAGCAACAUCGGUCGGGUGUAUAAUGAAAUGAAUGAGUACUCAAAAGCACUUUUGUAUCAUGAAAAAGCACUCAAUAUCCGAGAAAGAUUUCUUCCUCCAGAUCAUCCUUAUUUGGCUAAUUCUUACAGCAAUAUUGGCCGGGUGUAUCACGAAAUGGGUGAAUAUUCAAAAGCACUUUCAUGUCAUGAAAAAGCGCUUGAAAUCCGAGAAAAAACUCAUCCUCUAAAUCAGCCUGAGUUGGCUGUUUCUUACAACAACAUUGGUGCAGUGUAUAACGAGAUGAAUGAGUACUCAAAAGCACUUUCAUAUCUUGAGAAAGCAUUUGAGAUUAGACAAAAAGCUCUUCCUAAAAAUCAUCCUGAUUUGGCUCUUUCUUACAACAAUAUUGGUCGAAUGUAUAACAAGAUAGGUGAGUACUCAAAAGCAUUUUCAUAUCAUGAAAAAGCACAUGAAAUUUGGCAAAAAGUUCUCCCUGAAAACCAUCGUGAUUUGGCUCUUUUGUAUAAUGAUAUCGGGUUGAUAUACGACAAUAUGCGAGAAUACCCGGAAGCAUUUUCAUAUUAUUCUCGGGCUGUUGAAAUUGGACAACGUUCAUUACCUGAAAAUCAUUCUCGUCUGCAAGAAUGGAAAAGAAACCUCGAAAAUGUUGAAAAGAAGUUGUAG